AAAAACUACUUUUUUUCAUUAAGAAAAGUGUUAUUAAAACAAUAAAAUUUAUUAUAAUUGCAUUUAAUAAAACGGAGACAAAUUGUUUUCAUUAACGAUUCAGAACUCUAUGACAAAUACGAACCCGCCUAUUAUAUCCAUCAAUAUGGUGGAUACGCAAAAUGACUUUGACGUGUAAUUUAAAGAAGUUAAAAGAAAAUGAUGAAGGCAAGACUCGAAGCAUAUAGACGUAAAAAACAUAAAGAAGAAAUGAUAGAAUCACUUAAAAGUUCAAUAAAGGGCGUUUUACCAUGGAAUGGAAAUUCUGAUGUAACUUUGGAAAGACUGUCAAACGAAGUAUCAAACGAAGAGACAGAAAAAUUAUGUCAGACUGUUGAAACAUCAGACCAAAGAAAUAUAUCGAAAGAAAGAAUAGAGAAUUUAGAGAAUGCAGAAGAUUUAGAAAGUUUGGAGGAUGAUACUAAUAAUGUGCAAUGCAGCCUUAUGACUAAAAUAAUAUAUUUGCUAUAUUUUUCUUUAUGGAUUACGUUAUAUAUAAUUGCAAUAGAGAUAGAAUUUGGAGCUGUAUACUUUGUAAUAUCUACAUUAGUAUUAAUUUGUUUAAAUACGAGGUCGAGACCUAAAAAAAAAGGUGAGCUCAGUGCUUAUUCUGUUUUCAAUCCAAAUUGUGAAGCUAUAGAAGGAACUCUUGAUGCUUCUCAAUUUGAAAGAGAAAUUAGAUAUGGAGCUUCAAGUGUACAUUGAUUAAAGAGAUAAGGUAUAUUUAUAUUUUUAUUAAUCGCAAAUAAAUAUAUUUUUUACUCUUUUUUUUUUUAAUAUAUAAAUAUUUUCGAUUGGAAUAUUAUUAACGAGAAAUAGAAACUUGUAAAAAUGUUUAAAUUAAAAUUAUUUUUAUAAUAAAAAGUUUACAGUACAUAAUUUUAUAAUAGCAGUGUAUUUAGUGAUAAUAUUUUGAUAUUACCACAGUCAAUUAAAAUGUGCAUAUAUCUUUUUAAUAUCAAUGUUUAACUUUGUUCUAUUGUUUUUCUUUUUUUUUUAUCAUCAUUCUUGUAACAAUUGAACAGCAGUAUUGUAACAUUUUUGUAAUUCGGUUAAAUAACUUAACAUAUCAGAAGAUUGUUCCGACAAAAUAUGAAAUGAAGCUAAGUCAGUCUUAGAACGAAAAUAUUUAUCUGGACAUAAAAGUGAUCUGUCCAAGUCCAUUAAUAUGUCAUUCAAUAUUCUUGUAUCCAAUGACCUAAAAAACAAAAGUAUAAUGGAUAAUGAUAACAUUAAUAUUGCAUAACUAUAGCACAAAAUUUAAAACAUAUUUACUUGCUACCAUCAGUUGCAUCAAUCCUUUGGUUAAGAAUUUGUACACUAGACAUUAAUUGUUCUACUGUUUUUUUAAUAUCAUCUAAAAUAGAAUAUUUUCAAUAAUAGUUUUAAUACACCUAAUAAAAUAAUUAUGAAAUACCUUUGAUAUCCAGAAACUUUGAUAUGUUUAUGGUUUCCAAUACAUCAAUGAUAGUGUCAUUAAAGUAUUUUGUAUUCCAAUGAAAGACUAAACUCUCAGACAAUCUCCAAAUAGUGUCACCGACUAAUUGUGUUAAAGGAAUUCGACGUAAUUUGAAACUUUCAUUGUUUUCACUUUCAUUGUUUACAGAAUUAUUUUUUUUCUAAAUAAAAAAAUAAGAACAAUGAAAUAUACACUUUUGUAAAUUUAUAUUUGAAAUAAAUUAAGCAAUAUACACA